AGCUGCUGUCGGAGCUCAACGUCCGCCGUUUUUUUCCUCGUCGUCAUUGAUUGUUUACUUGGAUUCUAAUCAAUAGGCAAGUAGGUUCUCUGAAUUGAAGGAAACAUGGUGGUCAAGAUCACAAGUCGCGGUUUAUUGGCAUAUAUGGUGGUAAUAACUUUGCUGGUUCAGAUCAACUCUCUACAUCUCAAAAACCAAACACUCACGCGACGCAAGUCUAUACAUUUAAAAAACCAAACAUUCACACGCAACAACUCGACUCUACAUUUCAACAACCAAACACUCGCACANCACAACAUCUCUCUAACUUUCAACAACCAAACAUUCACACACAACAACUCUCUACCCUUCAACAACCAAACAUUCACACAUCACAACAUCUCUCUUACUUUCAACAACCAAACAUUCACACACAACAACUCUUUGUCCUUCAACAACCAAACAAUCACGCGACGCAACGUUCUACCUUUCAACAACCAAACAUUCACAAGCAACAACUCUUUGUCCUUCGACAACCAAGCUCUCAUGCGACGUGACUUUCUACCCACCGACAACCAAACACUCAUGCGACGCAACUUCAUACCUUUCGAAAACCAAACAUUCAUGCUACCCUUCGAUGACCAAACACGCACUCGACGAGACUCUAACAAUGACGUCAUAGUCUCUCAGGAUACCGCAUCGAAAAGUAUGACGCCAAGUGUGUAUGUUACAAAGAGUGACGACAAAAAUGACGACGGGACUGUCAAAAGUGACAUCACAGCUGACGUCAAAAAGGCCUUUAGUGACAUCAAAAAUGACGAAGAUGGAAAAACUGAUGGGACCAACGACAACAAGAAUGAAGCUGAAAUGAAUAUCGAUAAGUACAGCGUCAUUGAGCCCGAUGAUGACGUCACUGUUGAUGGWAAUGAGGACGUCGGCGAGGAUGGAAUGACUGACGUAUUGAAUGAAGCAUCGGGGGAGAAUGAGAAGGGUUCCAGGAAAGGGUACAGYUACCAGUCUACGAGUUCCUGUACGAAAUCAYUCGUGGUGAACGUCGAUGAAAGCCGCAUCCCUAAGGAAGUYAGAAUGCAUACUUGUAAGAAGGUUUCWCAAUGUCGAACCGUSAUGAUCAAGAAGAUAGGCUGGCGCAUGGUUGGUAAACACCACAAGACAAGAAAACCAAUUUAUGAACGAGUCAACGUGCACUAUUCGCGCUGUCAGUAUUUAGUGUUAAGCUAAUCUUAUUACUACGAGCUAUAUAGAAAGCGAUGUAAGAUCAACUAAUGAAGACAUGAUUGUUUAUUGUAUUUGCUCAGGAAAAAAUAAAUUAUAUCAGAAAAUAAA